AAGGAGAAAAAAGACAGAGAAAUAUAAAGUGAAUAUAACUGAAAUGGCAAACGUAAUUAACUGCCAAUUCAAUUUCUAACACACAUACUGGAACAGAACUCUCAACUGUUUCAGAUAAAAGGUACACUCAAAAUCCUAAAAUGAUAACUCUUCAGCUUUUCCCUCAAUUCCCUUCUCUUCAAAACCCUAACUUGACCUCAAAGAACCCAAAUUUCCCACUUUCUAAAUUCAACCCAUUAUCCAAAACCUUCCAAUUCAAUGACACCCAUUUCAAUUUUUUCAUAAAAACUCCCAAGAUUCUAACUUUAAAGCAAUUUAGAUGUAACAAAGCUCAAAAUCAGAGCUUUAUAUGUAAAGGGGUCAAGAAAGACUCAAAUGAAGAGACUACAAAGGCAGUUUUGGACCGCGGCGGCAGUGGUGGCGACGGCGGUGGAGGUGGUGGUGGAGAUGAUGAGCAAAAUGGGGUUUUGCCAGAAUGGCUGAAUUUUAGUCCAGAUGAUGUAAAAACGGUCUUUUUAGCUGUGGCUGUAUCACUUGCAUUUAGGUCCUUUGUUGCUGAGCCAAGGUUUAUACCUUCUUUGUCCAUGUAUCCCACGUUUGAUAUUGGAGAUAGAAUUGUAGCUGAAAAGGUCAGUUACUAUUUCAGAAAGCCCUGUCCCAACGACAUAGUAAUAUUCAAAAGUCCUCCAGUCCUUCAGGAAGUAGGAUACACAGAUGACAAUGUCUUUAUUAAGAGGAUUAUUGCAAAGGAAGGUGAUAUUGUAGAGGUUCAUGAAGGAAAGCUGAUUGUAAAUGGGGUUGUGAGAAAUGAAGAUUUUCUUCUCGAGGCACCCAAAUACGAAAUGACACCAGUGCGUGUACCUGAGAAUUCAGUUUUUGUGAUGGGUGAUAAUCGGAAUAACAGCUAUGAUUCACAUGUGUGGGGACCGCUACCUGCAAAGAACAUAAUAGGCAGAUCAAUAUUUCGGUAUUGGCCUCCAACAAGAAUUGGUGGGACAGUUCUUCCUCAAGGUUGUGCUGUCGACAAGCAGGAGAAUAGUUUAGCACCUCAAUAACUUAUUUAUUCAAUUUAGUGCACUGCAAUUACUGCAGAGCUGAUAAUGUAAGACAGUUUGAAGUAGGAUGUAUUGUAUAUUAGCAAGCAUUUGACUCAGUUCUCGUUUCUAAUAAUCUCUCCUUCCUUGAA